CAGUACACGUAGUGUUUGGCAAAAUGUCACAGUCACAGUCACAGUCACACUUGUUGAAUGUUGCCAACCGUUGCCAACCAAACUGAACAUUCGCUUGGCGCGAUAUGAUCGUUGUAAUAGUGAAGGGUAUCUAUACACUGGAUGUUUUAAAAGAAUUGAUGAAUGGAUUAGGACAGUACUGUGAGCGAGGAUUAGUCUCAAGACAUCAUGAAGCAGCGAGUCUUACUGACUCUUGUCAAUUUGAUCACCUCCUAUACAUCUUUUCUAGCGGCUGCUGGUGCGAAAACGUCCACGAGGCAAAGAACGCAAAGCAACAAUCACAGUAACAUAAGCGAACUACUGGACAAUCUGCUUCGUGGUUAUGAUAACAGCGUUAGACCAGACUUUGGUGGUCCACCGGCUACGGUUGAGGUCGAUAUCAUGGUACGCAGUAUGGGUCCGAUUUCUGAAGUCGACAUGACUUACUCGAUGGAUUGCUACUUUCGGCAAUCAUGGGUGGAUCGACGUUUGGCAUUUCAAGGCGGCAAAGAAACUUUGGCACUCAGCAUAUCUAUGCUUGCGAAAAUCUGGAAACCGGAUACGUACUUUUAUAACGGCAAACAGAGCUACUUACACACGAUAACCAGCCCAAACAAAUUUGUCAGACUCUAUCAAGAUGGCAGAGUACUCUACAGUUCUAGGCUUACAAUCAAAGCAGGAUGUCCGAUGAACCUUGAGAACUUCCCGAUGGAUACACAAAGAUGCCCGCUACAAUUUGGCAGCUUUGGUUACUCGAAGAGGGACGUGAUCUACAAGUGGAAUAGCGCGAGACAAGUAGCUAUCGCCGAGGACAUGAAAUUAUCUCAAUUCGAUUUAGUUGCCAAUCCGACUGCCAAUUAUUCUGCGUCUCCAACCCUUUCGCACGCGGAGUACUCGAUGCUACUGGUAUAUUUCCAUCUGCAAAGGCACAUGGGCAAUUUUCUUAUACAAGUAUAUGGACCAUGCGUUUUACUGGUUGUCCUUUCCUGGGUGUCCUUCUGGUUAAACAGAGAAGCUACUGCGGAUCGUGUGUCAUUGGGAAUAACAACGGUGUUAACGAUGACAUUUUUGGGAUUGGAAGCACGAACCGAUCUGCCGAAAGUUCCUUACCCAACAGCCCUAGAUUGCUUCGUUUUUCUCUCGUUUGCCUUUAUUUUUGCCACCAUUAUACAAUUCGCGGUGGUUCACUAUUUCACAAAAUACGGAUCUGGAGAAUGUUAUUUCAGUUCAGAUCUGAGCGAAAGCGAAACCUCCAGCGAUGAGGAGGAACCAGACACGAAGUCGUUGAAGAGAGAACCGAUACCGCAAACUCAUAGAAGAACUUCAGAAAACCUAGCCGCCAAAGGACAUCCUAGCCGAAAUUUCACAAUGAACGAAGAUGGGAUGAUCGAAGUGAUUCCAUUAUCUGCGAUUCCAGAACCCAUCCGGGAUCCCGAAUUGGGCCACUGGCAAAUGCCAUGCGUCUGUAGUCCCACUCCUCCUCGCCAGCCUCCUCCGAGUGGCAAAACUUCCGGAAGGAAGCGACGCAAGAGAACACCUAGAUAUAAUUCCGUUUCAAAAAUCGAUCGGGCUAGUCGUAUCGUGUUCCCUAUGUUCUUUAUGGCAAUCAACGUGUUCUAUUGGUACGCCUAUCUGUCAAGGAGCGAGCGCAUUAAUUAUUAUAACGUGAACUCGAACGACACGUGAGAAUAGUUACUGUCGAACGAAGCAAAGGCAAUCCUGUUCUUGUCACGAAAACUGGAUGAAAAAUUCAUCCCAUUGGUCGACGAAUCUACAAUGCCAUAAGCGAGUGUGUAAGAGUAAUUAUUUCGUUAAUCUCGCGUCAGCAAGAGUGUAAGCUAAAUGAGAGUCUCGGCGAACAAGGUUUAAAAACAAAAAGUAGGUACUGUCCAUAAGCGGUUCAGUUUACUACUUACAUCAAUCUUCAGUUUCUGUAACAUGAACUUUAAAACCGUACAGUUCCCUCCAUUUUAACUUCAACGAACAAGUACACACUUAAUGGCCCAUUUAUACAAAACAGAAGCGGUUGCGUAUUGUAUCCCCAGUACAUAUCUAUUUCCCACAUCGGUUUCAAACAAAAGUCAAAUGUGCCCGAUGACGCCACAGUGUGCCGAACAAUGGAAAAAAAUCAAAAAUUCAAAGUGUAAGAUCUACACAUCUUUUUGUUUUGAAAUGUUAAUAAUAGAACAUAGUUUGUAAUUUGACUUAUAAAUUUAACUAAACAUAUUAAUUUAUUAUUAAAAUUGUGACGUGAAAUUUACUGCAAUAAUCGGUGCAUUUUUUCAAACACGUGCCACUUGCAAAUCAUUUGCUAUUUCUAUUUAAUUUUUACAGCGUUUAUUUAGUAUCAUAAGGCCUUUCGAAUGACAAAAAAUUCCUUUACAAUAUUAACAAUUUGUCCUAAUUUAUUAUGUUAAAUGUUUAUCAACUUUGACUUGAGUUUUAAAAUAAGUACCAAAAGGUACCUCUGUGAAAUUUCCUAUUGCACAAAACGGAGAAAAUAAUGAAAAUCCUCGUCAAGACGUUCUGCGUCAAGGCCUUCUCCAUAGUCUCUAAAUUCUUACCGUGACUAUUGCAAUUGUGCUGUAAGCAUCAUAUAACAUCUAAUUAAUUUGAAAAAUAUAUUUUUAAAAAUUCCAAACGAAAAUUAACUACUGAUCCUAAACAAUAUACAAUCAUACUUAACAAUAUUUUCAAAUUGAGUUUUAAAAGAAAGUACCAUUAACGUUGACUUUAAGUACAUAAAUAUGCACAAAUGGAAGAAAAUAGUUGAAACCAUUAUUGACGUUCAGAUGCCGGUGUCUGGACGUUCGGCGUCCAUACCUUUAACGUAGUCUGUCAAGCCCCACUUAUAUUCUCGCGAAGUGAUAAAACACUAUAUUCGCUGUUUAUGUUUCUGUAAAUAUUCUACCCCUUCUUUUCAAUUUUUUAUACUGUAGGAAAGAGAAAGGGUGUUUCGUCUCGGGAUCGUCUGUCAGACUCGUCCAGUGGGGCUGACAACAGACGAUCCCUGCCUCAGACACCAAUCGUACCGCUAUUCAGAACUUAUAUGUAUACAGGGUGUUCGACAACAGGUGGGCAAAAUUUUAAGGGGUGAUUCUAGGGAUCAAAAUAAGACGAAAAUCAAGAAUAACGAAAUAGCGUGUGCGGCUUUGUU